AUGCCGCCGGCUCAGAUCAAGCAGGACUUGAACAGGUCGGGGUGGGAAACCACCGACUUUCCCUCGAGCUGUGAGAACUGCUUGCCGGACAACCCAUACGUUCAAAUGCUCAAAGAGGACUAUGGCGCAGAAUGCAAGAUAUGUACACGACCCUUCACGGUCUUCAGAUGGAAGGCAGAUCGCACAGCCCGUACGAAACGAACAAAUAUAUGUCUAACAUGUGCCCGCCUGAAGAAUUGCUGUCAGUGCUGUAUGCUCGAUUUGUCUUUCGGUCUACCCUUGAGUGUCAGAGACGCCGCUUUGAAAAUGGUUGCGCCGGGCCCAAACAGCGACAUCAACCGGGAAUACUAUGCCCAAGAACACGAGAAGGAGAUUGAGGAAGGCAGAGGUGCCGUCGAAGCCUAUGAGAAGACAGACGAAAAGGCACGAGAUUUAUUGCGACGAUUAGCAAAUAGUCAGCCAUAUUACAAGAAACAAAGGCAACUUGAAUCAGCCGAUGAUUCUGCCGAGAAACAGCCCGCCGAACAGAAGAGAAUAGGGUAUGGUCCAGGUCCCGUCCGAACCUCAGAUACCAAGAAAGCUGCGAACGCAGGCACUCAACCGCCACGACGUACUCGUCCUGUUGCUGGCGCUCGUCCACCACAACCUGAGGAUUGGCUCCCACCGCAAGAUCCUAAUGUUAUCUCCCUCUUUGUUACAGGUGUCGAGGACGACCUCCCCGAACACGCUAUCCGAACCUUCUUUUCACAAUUCGGCCAGUUACGCUCUCUAGUCUGCUCUCAUCGUUCCCACUGCGCCUUCAUUAAUUUUGCAACUCGAGACGCGGCCGAGGCUGCAGCAGCUCAGUGUCAAGGCAAGGCCGUUGUCCAGGGUUGUCCGCUGCGUGUCCGCUGGGGCAAGCCCAAGGCACUGGAUAGCACAGACCGAGAGCAGAGAUUGGAAUGGGCGAAGGAAGGUCGCCAAACAGCCGCUGGUGUUGUCCAGAAGGGACAGCAGAGAGCUUUGACUGGUGGAGCGCAAGGCGCAGUCGAGGCCGAAGAGGAGAGCAACAACUUUGUCGUUGCAGCACCACCAGGUGCUGCUGAUCAACCUCAAUAUGCAAGUAUGACUGGUGACUGA